UGCGCAGGCGUCAUUCCUUUUCCAUUUUAGAAAAUUUCACAUGGUUGAAUAUAAAUAUUUUGGUGAAAUUUUCUUCAAAAUAAUCACAAAAUGCGUUUAGAAAAAUGUUACUUUUGUUCAUCGACUGUUUGGCCUGGUCACGGCAUAGCGUUCGUGCGAAAUGAUUGCAAGGUGUUCCGGUUCUGCCGAGCGAAAUGCCACAAAGCCUUUAAGAGAAAACGAAAUCCAAGAAAGGUCAGAUGGACAAAAGCCUUCAGAAAAGCUGCAGGCAAAGAACUGGCUGUUGAUUCAACAUUUGACUUUGAAAAGAAGAGGGAUGUUCCAGUUCGAUAUACGAAUGAAAAUGUUAGGCAGACAGUCACUGCUAUGAAGAGAAUCUCAGAAAUACAAGAGAAACGUCAGAAACAGUUCAUCCGAAACAGAUUAAAGGCAAGCAAGAAGCUUUCUGAUGAAGCUGAUCUGAAGGAAGUUGAGACAAAUAUCAAUCUAAUAAAACCAAAGCCAGCUCUGAAGAAAUCUGCCAGCCAAAAGAUCUCACAAGUCAUGAAAGAUGUCGAGCAAAUGGAGACAGAGGAUUAAUGUUCAUUAUUAUGAUGGAUUUUGUAAAUACAGUCUAGAUGCAAAGUAAUAAAUGUUUUUCAAAACACAA